UCACCUCACUCACCCACAUACACACCGACUCCUUCUCUCCGAUUUGUUUACAAGCCGAAAAGUGAAUAAAUCUGUAAAAAAAGUGGUAUCAGUUUUUUUUUUUAAUUCGAAAGCUCGUUUAAAAAGUGAGAAAAAAAAUAAUCCUCAUCGCCCAUCACCCGGGAAUCAGUGAAAAAUACUCAGUCAGCACUAGAAAUUCGAAAGUUAUUGGUGCAUUCGUCGUUGUGGCCAAUUGUGGCGGGCAAUGGUGGGGUAGCAACUACCGCAUUGAUAAAAUUUUCAACAUUUUCCAAAAAUAUCAGCCCAAGGCCCUGAAAAAAAAUUCAUUCUCCAGCAAACAGCAGAGACAAAUUAGACGAGUCAAAUCAGAUAAUGAGAAAAUUGAGUAUGAAAGGAAAAAGGAGACGAUCCGAUAAUAACAGUGAUGGUGAAUCAGAGGAAAAUGGCGGUGCAGGUAGUAACGCUGAGAAUUCGGUAGAUGCGACAGAAGCUGAUGCGAUGCCGAAAACAAAGCGUAAAGGAUCGAGGGCUAAAAAUAAUGGUAAAAGUGGUGAUGAUCGAUCUGUUACGCCACAAACCGAGGAGGUCGAUGAAAUUGAGGUAAAAGUUGAUGAGGAGAAUGAAAAUGGUCAUGGAGAUAAGGGGGGAGCAAGGAAACGCCGGAAAAAGGAGGAACAGAAGCCAACAACUUCACAAGACAACGGCGAUGAAAAUAAUGAUGAGGAUCAGGAAUAUGAGGUAGAGAAAAUCGUUGCUCACAGAACGAUUAAAGGAAGACGUCAAUUCCUGGUUCGCUGGAAGGGUUACAAUGAAGAUGCAGACACCUGGGAGCAGGAGAAAGAUCUCAACUGUCCAAAGUUGAUCGAGGACUUCCUAGUUGAACAAGGGAGCAAGGAAGAGGCCGAGAGCUCGAGCAAAGCACCAAAGAAGGUGGAGAAGAAGGGAAAGAAACCGAAAAAGACUAACAAUGUUAAAAAAGAGAACAACGCUAAGGAGGACAAUGCUGAGUACGAAGUUGAGAGAAUAAUCGAUGUAUAUUUUAAAAAGAAUGGUAAACGUGAAUUCUUGAUAAGAUGGAAGGGGUUCAAGCCGUCUGAAGACACGUGGGAGCCCGAGGAUAACUUGAAUUGUCCUGAUUUGAUAAAAAAAUUUAUGGUCAAAGUGGAAGAGGCAAAAGCUGUUGCACCGCGUGCUCUACGUACCAAUCCAAUCCACACUAAACGUUACACAUUAGCUACGACAGAUUCUGGAAGAAGGUUGUCCCGCAGGAACACUGGGAAGCAACGGGCUACCUACCACCAUUGUGACGAGUAAAUGUAACGAAAGGACUUGGAACGUUGUUUCAAUUGGCCUUUCCUUCCCCCUUCUCCCCUCCUCCUUAGCAUUGUAUAAACGAGCUUUCCAGAGCCAGUGAGUUUAUCAUUAUCUCAUUUUAUUGACAGAUAUGAAGCUCCUGAUCCAGUUUUUUGUUUUGUUUUUUUUUCUUCACUAAUUCCGAAUUGAAGCACUAAAAUCUAAUUGGUUGAAGAUUAUAUUGCUAUUUAAUGAAGAAUCGAGUCAAAUUUUCACACGUAUUCGUUUCCAACUAACGAAUUUUUUUACUGACCAUUUUUUGUAAUUAUUGCGUCUUUGAUCAUUCAUUAAUAAAGUUACUGCAUAAUAAUUGCACUGGAAGUUUUAAUGUCUGUCGACUGCUCACAUACAAUUAUCUGUAAUGAGUAAUUUUGGGAGAAAAUUAUGAGAGGCCUUUUUUCCAUUGAGAAUAGUUCCCUCCCAAUAAUCUCCUAAUAAUAGUUUGUCAUAGAGACACAUGAUAUUGAAAUUUCCCCUGAGGGAAUUACGUUUUAUGACUUCAAUACAGAUUUAUUUUAGUGCGGCACUCAUUUGAGUCAUUUGUUGCUAAAUAUUUCUUGAUAAAGUGGUUUUAUUUUCGGUUAAACUUCUAAGAUUUGAUCCUCAAAUUGUAUGUUUAUUUUUUUUUCUUUUUAUGCGAUAGCUGAUAAAUAUAUGAUGAUUUAUGUGCGAGUGAUGUAAUAAGAUUUUACACGAAGCAUGAAAAUAAAUUGAAAUGAGAGGCGACAAAUAUCGAUAGUAGUUUCAGUGAGUGUAUUACCAGAGAAUAUACAAAAAUCAUACAGAGUGGUAUGAUAUCUGAAGCAAAAUCAUAAAAAUAAACCUUUAAGUUGGAUUAAGUAUGUAUGUGUGUGCAAUGUUACUUUGUAAUAUACGUCUGCAAGAAUCAUCGGGGUAUUACUUCUGAAUUAUAAUGAGUAAUACAGAAAGAGAACAUUGAUUGAAAUCAUAUGUGACUCAUACUAAAUUUUAAACUGAUGUAAAGUUGUAAUUUAACUAUUAUGAAUUCAAAAUGCACAACAAAUCAUACAUAUUGAAUAAGACAUCAUAACUAUUUAGGGAUGAUUUGAAACUUAUUUAGGUAAAGAAAAAAAUACCCAUUUGUCAAUAACAAAUCAUCAAAACAUGCAAACGCAAUAAAGAAAGUUUCAAUAUAAAA